AAAUCAUUCAGUUUGCGCGAGCCUGUCUCCAGCGCCACAUGCGAUGUUCAACAGUAGGUAGGUAUUUGUGAGAGCAUUCCAUGGCCACUGCACACCAUGACCAUAUCCGCGCCUUGGUAUUACCUCGUCAAUGUUACUAGCUCGUCUAUUUGGCUUCUUGUUGUCUUUGUUCGCCCCAAGGCGGCAGCCCUUGACCAUUAAGGGACCCCUAGUCAGGCCUCUAAGACCCUAGCCUGACGGGCUAUCCACGAGGAGUUCUCCAUACCCACAUACAGUACUAAAGGGCUCCAGUGUUCAGCCCAGUGGCACUGACUGGCAACUUCAAGUUGACGCCUGACACUGGCACUGGAACUGCACCGCAACUUGAAUCCCCGAAAUAGUACCUGAUUAAAGCCUUCCCUCUCACAAACUGCGCUCCUCUUUGCGAACCAUACAACAGCAACAACCUUCAGCAGGGAUCGCAAACAAACUGCUGUCAGAACUUUGAACCCCGUUUGCCCUUCUGAGCGUUCAAGCAUUCAGGCAACUCGAAUCAUCUACAGUAACUGCCGCAUUCCCUCGCCGCACCGCACGCGCUUCCGCCCUUUGCUUUCUGACAAACGGGGGGUUUGCCUGACCUAACCCUGUCCUGACCUACUCGCACCUCGAACCUCAUACACGUUCGCCUGACCUGACCUCCUUCCCUCAGCCACGAUUCCCACCGGCUGGGACGAAUAUACCCUUCCAGUUGUUCAUUUCCCCUUCCUCUCCGUCGCGGUCCUGCGCCAUCGUCGAUGUCAUGAGCUCUCGUCUCAAGAGUUUAGGCUUCGGUUCCAAACGCAAGAGCAGUGCCAACAUCCAGCCCAACUCGGUCGCGUCGCCCAACGGUUCCACCUCCACCACCGGCACUCCUCCGCCGCCGAAUUCGUCUCAGACGAGCCUGCCUCCGAUGAAUCAGCCAGGCAUUCCCGGCCGACCCCCUAGUUAUACCUACAACAAUGUCCAAGGUCGCCCUCAAUCUCCCAUGCCACCUGGCCAACCCCAGAUGGCGCACCAUCCCCCACCCAUCGACACGAGGCAACCAUACGUGCCUGGUGCUCCUCAGCUAGGUCCGCCUCAACCGCCCGGAUAUGGUGGUGCCUAUGGCCAAGUGCCCCCUCAACCUGCCAUGCCACAAAUGCAAAACCAGUUUGGUCCCGCUCGUCCAGCCGAAGUGGAAGGCGCGGGGAGGAACAACAAGGCUCAGCUGAUCGUGGGGAUCGAUUUUGGGACAACAUUCUCGGGUGUGGCCUUUGCAUUUGCGACGAACACGGAAGCCAAGGAGGAUAUCAUAACUGAAUGGCCAGGCGCGGGCAAUCAGACCAAGCAAAAGAUUCCCACUGUUUUGUACUAUGAUCAAUAUCAAAAAGUCGUCGGCUGGGGUCCAGAUAUUGCUGACGCACUGGCUCCUACCGGCUACCCCAAACCAGGUGUACAGAAGGUGGAAUGGUUCAAACUACAGCUGAUGCUUUCCGGCAAUACCUACAUUGACCCUAUUAACCUUCCUCCGCUGCCCCCGGGGAAAUCCGAGAUCGAUGUCGCCGCUGAUUACUUGUUCAAGUUACGGCAAGCCAUGCGUGUGCAGUUGCAGAAAACCUUGGGUGAAGUCUUCAACCGAGAGGAGCGCAAUAUUCGAUAUUUCUUGACCGUACCGGCCAUCUGGAACGAUGCUGGGAAAGCUGCCACCAGAGCCGCGGCCAUUCAAGCAGGGUUCAUCCGAGACGAGAACGACAACCGGCUCACCCUUGUGACGGAACCGGAGGCCGCCGCCAUGUUCUGCUCCAAAACCGGCCUGCUCAACCUCAAGAUCCAUGAUGCUGUGCUCAUCGUUGAUUGUGGUGGCGGUACAGUCGACUUGAUCGCUUAUGAAGUUGAGGAAGAAAGCCCUUUUACAGUCGCCGAGUGCACAGCUGGCAGUGGUGAUUCUUGCGGCAGUACUGCUCUCAAUCGCAACUUCUCCAACAUUCUGCGCGCCAAAAUUCGGAAAAUGAAGCUGCCGGACGGCUCCAAGACGGCCGGCCGAGUAUACGCCAAGUGUAUCAUGGACUUCGAAAACAGAAUAAAGGCCGAUUUCCGCAAUAACGGUCAGAAAUGGGCAGUGGAUGUUGGCAUCGAGGCCGAGUUCCCAGAAGCCGGCAUCGAGGAAGGCUACAUGACCUUCACCAACGAAGAAAUCCUGCAGUGCUUUGAGCCUGUCGUCAAUCGCAUUCUCGAACUCGUCCGCAACCAGAUCAUCGCCAUUCAGGCACAGAACCGAUCAUUACAGAAUGUCCUGGUGGUGGGUGGCUUUGGUGCUUCGGAAUACCUAUUCCAGCAGAUCAAAUUGCAUGUUCCUCCACAGUUCCAAUCCAAGGUGGUCAGACCUAUGGACUCGGUUGCUGCCAUUGUCAAAGGUGCCGUCACAGCAGGUAUCACGGAGAGAGUCAUCACGUCGCGCGUGGCUCGAAGACAUUAUCUCAUGGCGACAUUACAGCCGUUCAAGGAAGGUUAUCACCCAGAACAAUACCGUGUCCCCAGUUUGGAUGGCAAAGAUCGGUGUAAAUACACUCGACAGAUAUUUGUGCAAAAGGGUGAAAGAGUCAAGAUUGGUGAGCCUGUCAAAGUGUCGUUUUUCCGGCAAGUUGCUCCAGGGGCAACUCUGAUGUAUGAGGAUAUUCUCUACGCUUGUGAUGAGGAUGUUUGCCCUGAAUAUACCAAAGAUCCCCGGAUCAUGGAAGUUGUCACCCUCACUUCCGACCUGUCAAGGAAAAAUCUGGAGAAGGAUUUUGAACGGAUGGACACUCCACAAGGGACAUUUUAUCGUGUCUACUUUGACAUCUACCUGACUCUGGACGGGUCCGAAUUCAAUGCCGAGUUGGUCUGCCAGGGCGAGGUUAUGGGAAGAUGCACGGCGAGAUUCAGAUGAAGACCUCGUGCGAAAUUUCUGAGAGGUCGGAACAGAUUCGGGGAAAAGCUGCUCUAAUAUGCCCGAGAGGAAGGCCCGCGACUCGUGGAAGGAGGAAUAUCUAUUAUUCUUGGACUUUGGACAACUGUAAUCUACCCUGCGCCGUCGUCAAACAUUGAACAGCGCACAGUCGACACCCGGAGAUCCCGUCCAGGACGCAGGAGGGGAAUACAUGAAGCAGACGCACCGGCAAUGACCACCGUUGACGCUAUUGAUUCAAGGGGGAAGCAAACUUGAAGAAGGCUCGCUAUAUGUUGACCGAAGUUAUACCCUCUUGACACAAUGAACAAUCACGAAAGGAUGGACAAGUUCGAGGCCCAAGACUGACCUGUCUAAGGUGACUCAAUCUGCAGGAGGGCUGGGCCACCGUCCGAUCGACCCUAUCGUGUGACGAGGCCAGCAAGCAGACAGAAGGAACGGAUGGAUGAUGUCAUGUCUGGAAAACCCCUGCCCGGCAUAUCGGUUUAGGGUCGUCAAGGUUGUGAUUUGAUGCAAUGAGAAACAAACGUGAGCAACUUAGGGGACACUUCUUGCUGGACGGAGGAGACCCGUUCAGGCGCGAGCAUGAGAUGGACAACUUGAAGACUAAAGGGAGAGGGAAUGUCAGGGCGGUAGCGUGCAGAUACCAACUUGAAAUGAAUUACUAGUAGUACCAUUGCAGUUACCGAUACGUCUCCAAGAGUAGUUUAGUGCAGAUAGGAUAAGAGCCGCUGGAAUGAAUUUUCUCCUUUUCCG